CCCUCCCGCAGCCCAGCCCCGCCGGCUCCGCUCUCCGCAGACGCCUGCUCCGUCUGGGCCGGGUCAGAGCCGAGCAUGGAGCCUGGGGAGACUCGGGAGCCCCGCGAGCCCGGGCGUGAGGCAGAGACCACCGCGGCCCCGCGCUGGGAGGAAGCCAGGACUUUCCACGACAACCUCGCGCCCAAGAAGAAACCCAAAUCGCCCAAGCCUCAGAAUGCAGUCACCAUUGCUGUGUCUUCCCGAGCCCUGUUCCGCAUGGACGAGGAGCAGCGGAUCUACACGGAGCAGGGUGUGGAGGAGUACGUGCGCUACCAGCUGGAACACGAGAACGAGCCCUUCAACCCCGGGCCGGCCUUCCCCUUCGUGAAGGCUCUGGAGGCUGUGAACAGGCGGCUGCGGGAGCUGUACCCUGAGAGUGAGGACAUCUUCGACAUCGUCCUCGUGACCAACAACCACGCUCAAGUGGGCGUCCGUCUCAUCAACAGCAUCAACCACUAUGACCUGUCCAUUGAGAGGUUCUGCAUGACAGGUGGGAACAGCCCCAUCUGCUACCUCAAGGCCUAUCACACCAAUCUCUAUUUGUCGGCUGAUGCAGAAAAAGUGCAGGAAGCCAUCGAUGAAGGGAUCGCAGCCGCCACCAUCUUCAGCCCCAGCAGGGAUGUGGCUGUCUCCCAGAGUCAGCUGCGGGUGGCCUUCGAUGGGGAUGCUGUGCUCUUCUCAGAUGAGUCGGAACGCAUCGUGAAGGCCCACGGGCUGGACAGGUUCUUCGAGCAUGAGAAGGCCCACGAGAACAAACCUUUGGCCCAGGGCCCCUUAAAGGGUUUUCUGGAGGCUCUGGGUAGGCUGCAGAAGAAGUUCUACUCCAAAGGCCUGCGGCUGGAGUGUCCAAUCCGCACCUACUUGGUGACGGCACGCAGUGCAGCCAGUUCUGGAGCCCGGGCUCUCAAGACCCUGCGCAGCUGGGGCCUGGAGACGGAUGAGGCCCUGUUCCUUGCGGGAGCGCCCAAGGGCCCCCUCCUGGAGAAGAUCCGCCCACAUAUCUUCUUUGAUGACCAGAUGUUCCACGUGGCUGGGGCUCAGGAGAUGGGCACAGUGGCCGCCCACGUGCCUUACGGUGUGGCGCAGACACCCCGGCGGACCACACCCACGAAGCAAGCCACAUCUGCACUGUAGCUGAACCACCAGCUUUGCUGACCCACAUUGUUCCAGGCAUGGCUCCAUGUCAGACACAUCGCCCAAUGGAUCCUUCUAGUUCCUCACCUCUCUGUCCUUCUGCGUGUCCGCCCUCAUCCCUAUGAGUGAGGUACUUGUAGGAAAUUAUGCAGACUGGUCCGGCAUUCUCACCAGCUCCCCUUAUGGGCAAACACUGUGCCAUGAUGCUGGCUCAGAAAGUAAGACUGUGCAGAAAAGCUGCAUUUCAGGGGGAAGUUGAUGGGACUAAUGGUGAGAGGGUCAGAGCAUCAGGGUGCCUCCAAAGGGGCUUAUGAAACAAGCUCAGUGUAGUACAAAGAACACUGCCUUGAGAGAGAUGGGAUCUGGCUUCUAAGCUUUGUCCUGGCAUUGUGCAUGACUUUAAGUUCCCUUGCAGGGGACUCUAGAAUGAGGUGACUUCCCCCUGUGGUGCACCCGUGAACUCUCCAUCCUUGCAGGAGCCCCUGCAGCCCCUUUGUUACCACUUCCAGGGGGAGAACUUUCACUGCUUGAUGAGUCAGUUUCCCCAUCUUUUAGGGGGUUUUCAAACUCUCCUUUAGCUAAAGAAGCUUGGUUUUAUAAGAUUGCCCUCUUUGAAGGAAUGAUUCUGAGCCAAGGCUUCUCCUGAUAUAUAUGGCACCUUUGUACAAAUUAUAGAAGGACGCUGUCUCUAGAAUGAAUUGUGAAAAGAUGGCCCUUCCUCUGGGCUGACCCAGACCACGCUGGGGCACACAGCUUGGUUAGCAGGAUAUAGGCUGGAUUUUUACCCCUCCCGGCUCCUCAGCCCAGAGGCCUUUGUCAAAUGAGCAAGGCACACAAUCAUCCACAGCAACCUUCCCUAUAAUUUUACGUUUGGAAACCACUGGAUGAGAUGACCUGUCUACUUCCUGUGAUGCCUUAAUGUGAGUCAUCAAGGGUCAGCUGCCAGGUGCAGAGUUUGUGGAAGGAGGGAGGGACGGAAUUUAACCUGCAUGCAGACUCUCCUCCGGCCAGCAGGGGGCACUGCAGGCCCUCCCUGGGAAGGCGCUUUACUAGGCCUGCUCAGUGCUUCCUUCGCUUUUGCUUUUUAGCCAAAGUUAAUUUGUUCCUGCCUAUCAACCCCCUCACCUCAACCCUCACUCCCUCAAUGACUGUCCUACUCUGCUUGCCAAGCAGCCCUGCUGGGGGAAGAGGUGGAGAAUUGGUGUUUACUGUUGUGAGCUCAAAUGCAAGGGGAGAAACCUUAGGGGCUGAAGUGGAAGGUGGUCCAGGCUGAACCCAAGGGAAGGCCUGCCUGGUGUGAUAUAGGAAGUGUGGGGAGGUCAAGUCUGAGGCAUGACUGGUUAGAGAGGAAGGAGCUGCAAUGUGCAUUAGCAAGAUUCUCCAGCUAUGGGAUUGUGAUUGGAGGUAGCAAGCUCUUCAUCACUAGGAUGCUGUCAAAGGGACUCCAGGAUGAGGUGACCUCCUCCUGCGGCGCACUGGUGAACUCUCCAUCCUUGCAGGAGCCCCUGCAGCCUCUUUGUCAUCACUUCCAGGGAAGAACUCUCACUGCUUGUUGAGUCAGCCUCCUCCUUUGCUGACCAGCUUGGCUUUUUCCAGAGAGAGGGUGGGACCUCCAAAGGCUGGUCCCUCAGGAAGACCCAGAAGGGCUGAGGAGACGUCAGUGGCAGGGACUGAUUGCCCAGCUUCCCAGGCGAAUCCCAGCUGUGAGCAAGCACUUUAUGAAGAAAGCCAAAGGAACAUUCGGAGGUGUGUGCAGGGAAGCUGGAACACUUCUGGGGACAGGAAAAGGGGUGACAGGCCACGUGAGGCCUGACCUUUAUCCUUUUGAGGACUCAGGCCAGGGUCUGAAUGGGCACAGGUUCUGGGCAGUGGAGAGCAGGAUCGUAAUGUCAGAAAGAUAACGCAGGAGGGAGAACAAAGUCAGAAGACUGAGGUGGUUCUGGAAGUGAGCAACAGUUUGGGUGAGAAGAGAGUCCUGUGCUGGGCUUGUCCUGUCAGUGCUGGAGCGGCUGAGAGGCUGGCGGUGGGGAGGAAGGGCAAGGCUGUGCUGGGUGGCAGGGCACCGCCAGGGGACGGGCAGGUGACGAGGAUGUCCUCACACAGGGUCAUCCCAUCAACAGCCAGGAUCCUUCUGGCCAACAAAGGAGGCCUCACAGCAGAGGGUCUGGUUUGGAGCUCUUUCCUCUGCCGAAGCUCCCAGCCCAGCCAGAGAUACUGUGAGACCUAAGGACAGCCUCCAGGAAACCAAAAGGUAGUGAGAGAAGGAACUCUCUCUUGGCCGAACCACACAAAGGCCUGCUUCUCCUUCCUCUGGGGUCAGAAUCACCCCUUGGGUGAGCCUCCAGGGCUCACAGAGCCAGCUGGUAGCCAUGAGAAGCCUGCAAGUCUGGGCACAGCCGAGGCUCACUGCAUGGCACUAGGCUGUGUGACCAGGGUGGACACAUGCACUGCGAGGGCAGCAGCAGAUGUCACCUAAUUAAUAUGCACCGAGGGAUGCUGAGACCAGAGGUCCUGCCCCCAGGGCCUGGCGAUAAACACCCCUGAUUCUUCCAGGUCUCUCAGGAAGCAGGAAAACGUUUUGUGGGACGCAGCAAGAUAAAGCGCUGUAAAAGCUGUGUAUUUCACUGGAGCCCUGGUAAUAGACUUGGACAGCCCUCAGCGAUGAGAGACACUAAGGCCCCAAUUCUAUUAUUGAAACCAUAAAUGAGCAUUUCAGGCCUGGAAAAAAGCUUUCAGUGUCUGGAAUAAAAGGCCAGAAGUCCUGGGGGCAGGCUUAGACAGCUGCCAGACACACCUUCUGAUUGUUUCAAGUGAUGAGGAGGCGUCCUGCGGAGAACAUCGUUUAUUGUAUCAGCCGGCAAAUUAAAAAGCCAUGUGAGCACCAAAGCCCCAGGCCCAGCCAUGGACUGCAGCACUGAGCCAGAGGAGCCACAGCUCCUGACAUGCAGAACCCCUGGAGCCCAAAGCAUGGCACCCCAACAGCGCCUGCAGAGCACGUCCCAGGAAAUUCUUGCCAGCCACGUCCCAGACCCAAUGGAAACUGCCACUUAGAAAAACAGAAGCCCUGUUACUAGGCACUGAGAUUGCCAAGGUCACUGCCAAAUAGCCCUCUCUGCUUUCUGAGUGCCCAAUCAGAAUGAUGGGGAUGUAGCAGAAGAAGCUGAAACCAGCAAGAAGUGUAAAUCCAAGCUGGAUCCAGCAUUAUAAUGAUACUCAACUGGUGUGCACCAGUCCAGCUAAACUGGUGAUUAAAAUAUUGAAAUGCCUCCAUAACAGUUGUCAAUAGCGCUGGCCUGAGCCCCUGACUUCCCCCUCCCCAUGGCCUCAGCUGCCCUGGCCCCUUUGUCUUCCCACGAUCCAGCAAAAAGGGGUUCCGGGAGUCUGUGCCAGCAUGAUGGCCAGUGUCCACUCUGUUUGGGGGUCCUCUGGCCAUACUGUCUUGGAGAGGUUAAGUAAGUAGCCCAAAGUCAUACAGCUGGUAAGUGGCAAUGGAAGGACUCAAGCUCAUGUCUGUCUGAUGCUGGGACUCAGGCCCUUAACUCUUUGCCAUACGGCCCAUACGUGCAUAGACGUAGCAAGAGAAGCUUCAUAGCAAUGGCGUUCCCUUGACAGUCUGUUAACAUGUUGACCCCCUGCGUGUUAAGAUACUAUAAUAGACUUGAGAGGGUACAUCUUUGUUAUAACUUUCUAAAUAGCUA